AUGCAAUACGAACAAGGAAGCGAAAAAGUGAAUAUAGUAGGUGCUCAUAACACACUUAUUGCUAAACCAUUGCCAAUGAAUCAAGAUCCUGAAGUACAACGAACUCGCAGAAUCUUUCUGAUCGUACUUGGCGUGUGUCUUGCUCUCUGUCUAAUGAAUGCGAUUAAUGCAAUUUUCGGACACAAUUCUCAGCAUCAUAUAAAACAGACUCAACGUGGUGUGCAAGUUGGUCAAAGUCUUAUUUCAAUAGCUUUUUACACCUUUGGAAUAAUCGCCACUUAUCGAUACUCUCAAAUAGGUUUACGAGUGUUCGCUUGGCUAGGCAUAAUUUCACUUAUCAUUCUUGGUAUUGCCACGGCAGUUUUCUUAAUUUUUGGUAUUACAGCUAUAACUGCUGGAAGUGUGACUGACGAUAAUAUGAGCAAGUCUCUUAUGAUUGCAGGUACACGUUCGAAUUGUGUCCAUAUUUGUCGAUUAAUAUCUUCACCUUCAAUAAUAGAACUUAUAAUUUUUGCACAACCAUUAUUUGUUGCUGGAAGCUAUGUUAAUGUUCGACCUGUUUAA